AUGCCUCCAGACGGCUCAUCCUUCACAGCCCUAAACCUGCCAUCUGAUUUCGCCCUUCCCCAAUGUAUGGAAUACUUCACCCUCACAGCCGGACCUAACACGGAUCUAUGGCGCAAGCCCCCCAACGGCGACACCUCCACCGCCCCAAUCGUCUUUACCUCCCUCCGGCACCCCUUCGUCGUCGCCGAAGUCACCGUCAGCGCAGACUGGGAAAAGGAAUGGGACCAAGGCGGCCUGGUAAUCUUCGCCGGGGCCGCGCCGCAGGCCUUUGCCUCGGACGCGCCAGCGCUCCCAGCCGGCCGCCGGCCCGGUGCCCACCCGCCCUGCAAAUGGGUGAAAGCCGGUAUGGAGUUCUCCUGCGGCACCGUGAACGCAUCGUCUGUCAGCGCGACCGCCGACGGCGCCGACUGGUGCCUCUCGCCGCUAGUGACGACGGCCGGCGCUGCCGUGCACUCGCUGCGCAUCAAGCUUGAGCGCAUCGGCCACGCCCUCUGGAUCUGGUACCAGGUACCCUCGGCUUCGCCGUACGCCAUGACUCCCGGCGCCGUCGGCAGCACAUGGAAAAAGCUGCGCGAGGUCACCUGGUUCUUCUACGGCGUCGAGGACAAGUUCGUGCACGUCGGCGUGUAUGCCAGCCGGCCGACCAGUCUGGGCCGCGGCGAGACAAUGUGGGAUGCCAUGCAUGGAAUGCCGCUGGAAGGCGCAUCUGCGGCUGGCCCGACGGAUGGGUUGCUUGUUGAGUUUGAAGAUCUGGAGAUUUUCUAG